AUAAACAACUUUUAAAUUUUAUAGAAAGAAGCAGCUCUCGUCCGCAACAUUCUAGAUCUGUAUUUGAUUCCAAAAUUCUAGAGUUGCGCCGCGUGAUGUUGCGCCCAGCAGUGCACGAAGCUGUAGACGUGAUACCGGUAUCUCUUUACGUGGUUGGCCUCCCAGAGCUCAGCUCAGCCGAAGGUGCUUUCCUCUCGCGCCCAAACGAAGACGUGCGGUAGUCAUGACGGUGGCACGAAGCCGGAGAUCUGUCGGUUCGCGCUUGUGACGGUGGAUCACGUCCGGCCGUACCCGUAGGUGUGUGUGUGUGUGUGUGUGUGUGUGUGUGUGUGUGUGUGUGUGUGUGUGUGUGUGCGUGGUUCUCUGCGUAGCGAGGGUAAAAGUGGUGGGUCCGUGGAUAGUCGAGGUGGCUGCCGUAGAUCUACGCGCGGUGCAACGAUGGAAAGGCUCAAAACCCUCACCACCGGAAACUUGUCCGUUCUGCACCUCGUCUUCAUUGCAGGCAUUCUCGUCACGCUCUGCGCUAAGCCUGCGACACCAAACAUACCCGUGCCGAGUCUGGCAAUUCUUCCAGGUCAGGUCACAGUCAGCGAUGGUGCUUUCGUCAGUCUGCUAUGCGUGGCCACGAACGGCGAGUUCCUCUCUGAUGUCCAGUGGGAGAGUCAUUUUGGUCUGCCCACUGGAUCACUGGUCGCGUUUUCCGGCGAGUACCAGGAGCGAGCCAGGCUGACCAAUCUCGUCUGGAGCAUGGAUCUCAGCGGAUUCGACUAUGGGUGCACAGCUAAUAUCAGUGCGACGCCUGCCACAUUUAUGAAUGAGACCUUUUCAGCGUCUGCUCUAGCAUCUAUUACCAUAGAUGAGAAUGAGUGUCUUCGACCUGGUGGUUUCUGCACAUCACCCAAGGCUCAGUGCCAGGACGUGUUAGGCGGUGCGGAGUGCAACUGCUUGCCAGGGUACAACAGUAGUGGCAGCGGUGGUGGUGGUGGUGGUGGUGGUGGUGGUGGUGGUGUGGAAUGCGUGAAUACAGACGAAUGUGCACAGGGCCUUCACAACUGCACAGCGGAGCAAGCAUGCACGGACACCAGCGGCUUCUUCGCGUGCCCGUGUCGAGACGUCGGCUAUCAGGGCUUGCUGUGCACCGACGAUAUAGACGAGUGCUCCACGGGCAGCCACGGCUGUGCACCGCCGAGCGCCGUCUGUGCCAACACGGACGGCUCGUACGUGUGUGCGUGUGCACGCGGGUACACUGGAAAUGCUGCCGGCGGUGAUGGCCGCCUCUGCGAAGAUGUGGACGAGUGUGAGCUGAUGAUGGGCGGCAGCAGCGCGAGCACCUGCAACACGAGCGAGGCGCGCGAGUGCCGUAACACCAACGGCAGCUUCGAGUGCGUGUGCGCGGCGGGAUUCCGCGAGGACGCCGUGCGUGAGUGUGUGGACAUUGACGAGUGUGCGGGCACGACAACGCACGACUGUCGGCGCAGUCACAAGCGCCAGUGCGUGAACACGGUGGGCAGUUUCCAGUGUGUGUGCAUGCACGGCUAUGCAAGCAAUGGUACCACGGUAUGCCAGGACAUUGCAGAGUGCGCGUUGGGCUUGCAUAACUGCUCCUUGAGCGGAGGCGAGUGUCUCGAGACCAUGCCCGGCGGCUUUGACUGCACAUGCUCGGCUGGGUAUACGGGUAGCGGAGUUCUAUGCUUGGAUGUCGACGAGUGUUCGGCCGAUCCCUGCAUCUCCAGAGCCACGUGUGUGAAUCACGUUGGCGGCUUCACCUGCCAGUGUAGCGUAACCAAGGAGGGUGAUGGGUGCUAUCACAACUCGGCAUGCAGCCAACUCCAGCCGUUCUGCCACCGCAGUGCUGCAUGCGACAUCACCGAUGGCCAGUUCACGUGCAACUGCCAGUCGGGAUUCUCCGGCAACGGUACGCACUGCGCGAGCUGCUCCGCGCACCCGUUGGCGUGCGAUCCGAAAGCGCAUUGCACGUUUGUGAGCGAGUCGAACGUACGCUGCGAGUGCGGAGUCCAGUAUCGACUGGUCAACAAUACCUGCCAGAGGCGGAGCUGUCUCGACAGUGGCAAUGGCAGCGCGCCCGUCAGGUGCGGCGACGUCCAAUCACAGUGCAUUCGUCACGGCAACGGGGAGCUUUGCGAGUGCCGGGCAACCAUGGUCGGCGACGGUAGCGUGUGCACCGUGUGCUCUACCUCCAUGCUGUGUAGCGCACACGCACAGUGCCAUGCCGAUGGCAGCAUGCCAUGCUGUGUGUGCCCUCCCGGUCUUACAGGUGACGGUUUUAUUUGCUCGGAUAUCGACGAAUGCUCCGAUGCCACGCUGCAUAACUGUUCGCAGAAGGCACUUUGCGUAAACACAUUCUCAGCCUUCACCUGCCUCUGCUUGCCACCAUACACAAGUGAUGGCUUCAACUGUAUGCCUAUACCAACAGCUACUAUGACCACCACUGUUAAAGUCUCCUGCAGCAAUAGCCCCGAUGAUGUGGACACCAGUGCUCAGGGUGGAUGUGAGGAAGUGGACAAUACCUCUAACGACCCUACCGUCAUCAUUGCAGCCAGCGCUGGCGUUGGUAUGAUCCUGGUGUUGCUGUUACUGGUGUGCUGCUGUAGAGUGCGACGUGGUCGACACCGCCGAGGAAGUGUUCAAAUACACAAGACCAGACCACACCCGUCUUCCACGUCAUCUGCUCUAACGACCGAUACGUGCAUUCCUGACAGCGUUGUGGGCAGCGUGAUAGAUACGUCGUUCGGCAUCGCCGCUGGGGGCAGUAAACCACUUGCACCCGGUCACGUGUACGCUAGAUCAGUGUACGACGACAAUGAUGAUGAUGAUGAUGAUGAUGAUGUAAUCAUAGCCAACAAGUCUGUAUCAUCUGCCCUUGGAGUAGGGGUUAGUACGACUGGUGAUGAUGUCAUCAGUGGCAGUCUUCAGCCAUUGGCUGGCAUGAACUCUGGCGAUGCAGCUCUGUAUGAUCAAGCAGUUGACGUGCGACGUCGAUCAAUAGAAUACCUUCAGACAGCUGUGGAUGGUCAGGUGGAUUACAUUGAGCCAAAUGUUGACAACGAUAGUUCCGACUAUCUGCAGCCGGUGUCGGAUUUCCUGCAGUCCAAACCUACAGGACCGAGUACUACCUACCUGGAGAUUAUUGGUCCGUCAACGGCUGAGCAUGAUAAGUCCACCACAAGCAGUGUAGUGGACUAUGAGGAUGCCACUGAUGUACCUCAAGGCACCAUGCGUAAUUGUGCCGAGGGCGAUUCCGACCUCCCCGCACAUGCAGCUCCAGCUUUGCAGCACAGCCAUGGAAGCAAAACCAUCCGCUCCGAUGUCGACACCGGCCACAGGUAUGAAUCUCUCGACUCGCUGCGGACCAGAGAAAGCGAGACAGUUGAUGUGGCAAUGAUGCCGGCUGUAUCCACACCCAGACCAGCAUUACGGACGCGUGCUCCAACUGCUGAUGGCAUCACUGAGAUCAACGUCGCUUCUCCACCAGUGCCACUCUCACCACGGCCACUGCCCCCACCACCACCGCCGCCGUCUGAAGAAAUCGACAUGACCGCAAAUGUGGCCUACACCAUUGACAUGCCGCUGCCCCCAACACUGCCUUCGGUAGUUCCGCGACAGCCGGCGAUGUAUCUGGAAGUUUCGGACGGCGCGCAUGCAUACGACUAUGCGUACACACACGCCAGACGCCAGUCUGCGGAUAACACAGCUAGCCAAAUCGACACACUGGCGUCUAACCAAUAUUUGUCCAUCGAUACAUUCUCAUGAACCGUCCACUGAUCACUGUGUAAAAACUUUCUUGGAUGCUAGUACGAAGUACCUGUCAACUAUUCAUUUGGAUCGAGUAUUGUGUUUUGAAAUCUUCCUUUUAAUUUUGGGCAGAUAAGCCAGAGGCAUUUUUGAGAUACUAUCGCAUGUUGGCUUCUUUCUCACUUUACCACCCUACUGAUUGCAGACCCUCUCCCCCCACCCCAGCCAGUGAAGAUUUCAUCAUCCCGAUGAAAGAACGCUA